AGCAGGAAAGUGGGGACCGACUCCAUAAUAAUGCCCAUGAUUUUGGAAUGAGAUGUUUGACGAGCAGGUGUCCACAUACUUUUGGUCAUGUAGUGUAUGUCAUAACUGCUGAUAACAUGUCAUUAUAUGGUCACUGUCAUGACCCUUAUUUACACCGGUUGUGACCUAUACUGCAUUAUGUAAUGGCCGGUUAUGACACUUACAUAACAGUUUUCAAAACACACAUUUUUUUCAAAUGAGUUUUUUUCCCUGCAAAGAAGUUUCCUUUCGUUUUGAAAGUUUGUUUCAUAAAUCCUUUGUGUCUGUUUUUUUCUUCAUAUUUUAAAUAACUUGUAGAAAAGACACUUUGGCCAUCCUGUGUCACUUUACUUAGACUAAGAAAAUACACAUUAUGACCAUCAUAAUUAUUUAAGCCAGAUAGAAGGGCAUGUAUGUGAUAGGCCUAUCAAUCAUCAGUCAAAAAGAGGGUGUCUUUUCCUGAUCCUGAAAUCUGCUCCUACAUUCAUCCCAGUCAUCAGCAACAGAGCAAUGGUGUAGGUGCAUGUCUGACAUCAAUUGCAAUGAUAAUUCAAUAUUGUACAUUUUCAGGAACUGUUAUAUAACAUAGCCUACUUGUCAACAGUAUGUUUAUGAUGGUGUAAUGGAAUGUUUUACCUUGUUUUGUGGGUUUUGACACUCAUGUAGGUGUCAAAACCAGCCAUAAAAUAACGCAAUACAUGUCACAACAAGUCUAACUAUUUCAUGACAGUGUUAUGACCAUAAUAUAACAGGUUAUGUCAGCUGUUAUCAGGUGUCAUAAGGUGCUAUGGCCGUGUCAGAAGGUGCUAUGGCCGUGUCAGAAGGUGUUAUGGCCGUGUCAGAAGGUGCUAUGGCCGUGUCAGAAGGUGCUAUGGCCGUGUCAGAAGGUGUAAUGGCCGUGUCAGAAGGUGUUAUGGCCGUGUCAGAAGGUGCUAUGGCCGUGUCAGAAGGUGCUAUGGCCGUGUCAGAAGGUGCUAUGGCCGUGUCAGAAGGUGCUAUGGCCGUGUCAGAAGGUGCUAUGGCCGUGUCAGAAGGUGCUAUGGCCGUGUCAGAAGGUGCUAUGGCCGUGUCAGAAGGUGCUAUGGCCGUGUCAGAAGGUGCUAUGGCCGUGUCAGAAGGUGCUAUGGCCGUGUCAGAAGGUGCUAUGGCCGUGUCAGAAGGUGCUAUGGCCGUGUCAGAAGGUGCUAUGGCCGUGUCAUAAGGUGUAAUGGCCGUGUCAUAAGGUGUAAUGGCCGUGUCAUAAGGUGUAAUGGCCGUGUCAUAAGGUGUAAUAGUGAAGUGUUACCGAAACCACAUUGAAAAAGUGGUGAGCAAGUUAGGUCUAAAAAAACACAUUUUCACCAAGUCAAAUGAAUUGGUCUUAGAGGUUUCAUGAUGCUUGUAUCUAAACCAAAGUAGAUCAUUUAAAGAUUGUUCUAUACAUCAGUUGGGGUCUCUAUAUGCUUCGAUAUGAGGUCCUGAACCUAGCAUGAACGUGUAUCCUUAUACAGUGCCUUGCGAAAGUAUUCGGCCCCCUUGAACUUUGCGACCUUUUGCCACAUUUCAGGCUUCAAACAUAUAGAUAUAAAACUGUAUUUUUUUGUGAAGAAUCAACAACA